AUGCGGCUUCCACCGACGACCGCUCUCAUUUCAAUCGCCGCUCUGGCACCAGAGGUUCGCGCGCUUGCUGUACCUCCUGCUCAAGCUCCUCUUCCCAAAAGAGAUAAUCUCGACCAGAUAGUCCUUCCCGGCUUCCCGCACCCCAAUCCAACCGUCUCAUACUGGCAAGACCCUCCACACCGCAUCGCCAAUCUCCGUACCACCCCAGAGCUCCCAACAACCGACGUCUUCGACUAUGUCAUCGUCGGCUCCGGCAUCUCAGGUGCCGCUGUCGCCUUCAAAUUAUUAUCGCGCGAUCCAAAUCUCUCUAUUUUGAUGCUCGAAGCGCGCACCGCAGCUGGCGCAGCCUCAGGUCGGAAUGGCGGGCACUGCAAGCCGGGCGACUGGAAAGAAGUCAAAGACUGGGUCGAGCUCUACGGCGAAGACGAGGCGCUCCGAAUAGGCAAGAUGGAGCAAGAUUGCGUUGACGACGUACGCAAUUUCGUAAAGACGCACAAUGUGUCCAGCGGAUGGCAGGACGUCGAAACAGCCGACGUGUACUGGACCAAAGAGGCCUUCGACGAAGCUGUCGAGAUUAAAAAAUUCCAGGAUGAGCUGCAACAACGCAGACCAAAUGACGGUCCCUGGAGUAAUAAGCGGACGGUCUAUGCAGGCCAGGCAGCCAGAGACUACUGGAAGUGGCCGCAGAUCCUCGGCGCGGUGGCGUACACCUCGCAUACGCAGAAUCCCUACCUGACAGUCUGCGCAUUGCUCGAGCAGGGUCUCGAGAAGGGUCUCAAUCUGCAGACUACGACCAUAGCUCUGAGCAUCGAUCAAGUAUCCAACAGCUCUGAAGCGGGUGCAAAAUGGGAGGUCAAGACCGAUCGAGGCACCGUCCAGGGAAAGCAGGUCGUCCUCGCCACAAACAGCUACACCAACGCGCUGCACGCUGGUCUUGCGAGCACGGGCUUCCUCGUGCCGCAGAGAAACCAGGUUGCGGCCGUUCACCCAUCGAAGGAUACCUCUAACAACACGGUUUUCCGCCGCAGUCAUUCGUACCCGGACUUGCACAGUGGGAACAACUACAUCGCCAUCCGCGCUCCAGGUGACAUUGGUGCAGGCGAUGUGAUCGUCGGCGGAAGCACGAAGUUCUCACCCACGCGAGAAAGGAAUAUCACAGACGAUUCGGUGAUCAAUCAAGACAUUGCGGACGAUUUGCACGGCGUAGGCCGCGUUGUCUUUGGGUAUGAGAACUGGGGCGAGACAACAAAGGUGGUUAAAGAUUGGACGGGCAUCAUCUGCAACACGCCUGAUGGCUUUCCAGUUGUUGGCGGGCUACCUAAUGAAGAGGGUCUCUGGGCGUCUGCCUGCAUGAACGGCCACGGGAUGGCGUGGGCGUUCCGCAGUGCGGAGGCGUUGGUGCAGAUGAUGGCUGAAGGGGAGACGCCGACGUGGUUCCCGAAGGCGUUUGAUAUUAAUCGGGCGUGGAAUUAUACGGCAGAGGAAUGA